AUGAAAGAUUGUGAUCAAUGUUCUACAGCAAAACUUGGAGGUUUACAAGUAUGGAUGCAACAUUUAACAGAUGAACAUGCAAUACCAACUGAAUGGCCUAGUGAUAGAGCUUCAAAAUUAACUGGUCCUAAUGCAUUACGUCCAUAUACAACAAUAGCUGAAUCAAAAAAGAAACGUAGAAAAGAUAGUAUACCAAGACCAUUGAAUAGUUUUAUGCUAUUUGCGCAACAUAUUCGUCGUAAUGUUCUACGUGUUUUCAGUGAUGCAUCAAAUUCUGUUAUAAGUCAACAAUUAGGAGAUUUAUGGCGUACUGUUCCAAGAAGUUGCCGUAAUCAAUACGAUGAUGAAGCGAAUAGAUUAGUGAAAAUACAUCAAAUUGAAUUUCCUAAUUAUAAAUAUCAACCUAAAAAACGACAAAUCACAUCAUCGUCAUCAUCAUCAUCAUCAUCAUCAACAACAACAACAACUGCUACCACAACCACUGCAAAUAUAUCAAGGAGUAGUAAUGAUCAAAUGCGUAUGUUUAAUUCAAAUCCAAAUCAUGUCCACAACAUUACACACACUCCUAUUCAAUCAUCUAUAUUAAUGAAUAAUGUACGAGAGGAUCAAUUGAUGACAUCAAACAAAUUAUUAUCAACCAAUUUACUUAAAACUAGUACAGACUACAAUGUUGUUUUCUCUUCUUCUUCUUGUUCUUCUUCUUCCUCUUCUUCAGCUGUAACAAGUAAACUACCAACUUUGUCUAAUCGUAAUUGUUCCAUACCCGGUACAUCAUCUAUGAUGAAUAGUUCUAUUGUUAAAGGUCAAAAUAACAAUGGUAAUAAUGAAUUCAUCAAUAGUCCAUCAAAAUUAGUAUGUAAUACAAUUUAUGCUAAAUUAGAACCGAAACCAUUGAGUGUGAAUAUUAUUAAUACUACUACUAAUAAUAGUAGUAUAACUACGAAUAACAAUAAUAAUAAUAAUAAUACUAACAGUAGUCAAGCAUUAUCAUUUAAACCAACUAUACAUAGUUUAUCAUCAGUAUUACCACCUCUUUUAACUUUAUCAUCAAAUCAUCAUCAUCAUCCACAUCAUCAUCAUAAUAAUAAUCAUCAUCAUCAUCACUAUCAUCAUCAAACAACUGGAUUAAUUAAUGAACAAUUUUCACUUGGUAUAUGUGAUUCAGCUUAUGCAUCCGGAAUUAAUAGUUCAUCAUCAUCAUCAGCAUCAUCUCCAGCUGUAGGUGAAUUAAUUUCACCAGCAAAAUCAUGUUCAUCAACAUUUUCAUCAUCAUCCUCAUCAGCAUUAUCAUCAUCUAAUGUGAAUAUAAAACAAACUAAACAUUCACCAAUACGACGUAAAAUUCAUUUUAUACCAAUUAGACCACAAUCACAACAAUUACCACCUGUAGGUAAUCAACCAACACGUCAACGUUUUCUAUCUGCAAAUAAUGGUAUUACUAAUAAUAAUACUACUAUUAAUACUACUAAUACUACUACUACUACUAAUAAUAAUAAUAGUAAUAGUAAUAUAUCAACUAUUGGGAAUGGUUAUAUUCAAAUGAAUGGUUUUCAAUUCAAAUCAAAUACUGAAAAUAUUGUCUUAUUACCAAGAAAAAUUGAUGAUUUAUAUGUGGAACAAAAAGAAGGAAAAUUAAGAGAAGAAUUCAUGAAUGAAACAAUUGUACUUCAAGAGAACAACAACAAUAAUGAUAAUAGUGGAAUGUUAACAACCGAUAUAUUAACUCCUGUUUAUAUUCAAUUAGAUCAUGAAAGACAAAAUUCAUCUACAGAAAGUUUAAUGGUAACAUUACCACCUGGUACAACAUUAAUUCAAGCUAAUAAUGAUCAUAUAAAUCGUAGUAUUCCAUUGAAUAAUACAAUAACAAAACGAUUUUAUAUAACUAAUGGUAAUCGUAUCAUACCAGCUAUUUCAAAAUCUGUACAAAUAUUACAACCUUUAAAAGUAAUGAAUGUUAUACAUCAUCAUCAUCAUCUUCAUCAUCCAAAUCAUUCAUCCUCUUCAACAAUAUCAUCAUCGUUAUCAUCAUCAUCAUCAUCGUCGUCGUCGUCAUCAUCAUCAUCAUCAUCAUCCUCUUCAUUAUCAUUAUCAUAUCCAGAACCUAUUAUCUAUAGUCCAUUAAUGAGUAGUUCAGAAUUAUUAUCAUCAUCAUCAUAUAGUUGUAAUUCAUCACCGAAUUCAAUUGUAUCACCAUUAUCUGGUGAUGUAUUUUUACCAAUGCAACAAGUUGAAAUGAUGUCAAAUUCUUCACAUUUUAAUUCAUAUAAUCAACAAUCAUCAUGUAUGGAUAUUUAUCAAUUUGAUGGACAAAAUCAAUUAGAUAUGUGUAUAGAAGAAGAAGAAGAAGAAUACGAAGAAAGAGAACAACAACAUCAACAACAACAACGACAACGAGAAAAAGAGGAACAAAUCAUUAUUGAUGAAAGAGAAGUAACACAUCUUCAUUCAAAGAAUUUAAAUACAAUAACAAAUAUUAUUAGUAUAGAUGAAUGUAUGGAUGCUGUAAAUAAUGAUUCAUUUAUAUGUAAUACAAAUUCUUCAGGUAUUAUACAUAAUUGGUCAUCAAGUUUACCAUUCAGUGAUUCAAUGUUCAUGUCAUCCUUAUCAUCGUCAUCAUCAUCAUCAUCAGCAGCAUCAUCGUCAGGUUCAGUAUUAUCAUCUGGUGGAUUAUCAUCAUCAUUGUUACCAUUAACAACAACAAAAACAACGAUCACUAUGGAUAAUAAUAAUAAUGAUAAUGAUAAUGAACAUGGUGAGUAUAUAGAUGCCUCAAAUCGACAUUUACCAUUAACUAUUGAUGUUAUGAAAUCAACAAAUGAAAAUUUAAUCACAUUAUCAUCUACAUCUUCAUCAACGAUCACUACAUUAAAUCCUCCACCUAAUCAUCAUUUACAUCAUCAUCUUCACAAUAGUAGCAUUUCUAUUGAUAAUGAUUUAAAUGAUACAGAUUUCUCUAUAACAAAUGAUAAUGAUAAUUUUGAUUCAAGUUUUGAUGCAAUGAUGAAUUCUAUUGAUAUUACAACAUUUCUACCUGGUACAUUUCAAACAAAUGAAGAAGAACAAGAACAAGAACAAGAUCAAUCAAUACAUAAUGAUUAUGAUCAUGUACAAUUAAAUUCAUACAAUCAUGAAAUUCAUCAUAAUGAUCAACAUGAAUUAAUGAAAAUAGAUGAAUUUGAUGAAUCAUGUCAUAUAAUCAAUGAUGUCAUAGCAACAACAACAAUAACAACCAUAACAACAACAACAUCAUCAUCAUCACCAUCGUCAUCAUCAUCAUCAUCGUUUAUGAAUAAGUCGACUAAUUCACAAUUAUACAAUAUUAUUAGAUCGGAUAUUGAUUUUAUUCAUCAUAAUCAUUUAGGGAAUACAAUGAAUAUCAAUAAUGAAAAUCGUACAGUACGUAUUAUUGCACCAUUACCAAAAAUUAGUAAACAAUCAUCAUUACAAGGAACACAAUGUUCCAAUUCUCUAUCAUCGUCAUCAUCAUCAUCAUCAUCAUCAUCUUCAUCAUCGGUAUUAAGAAUGAAUUCAUUACAUGAAUUAUUAAAUAAUUCACCACAAGUAUGUUCAUCUACAUUAGCAGAUUUGGAUUCAUUAGAUAAAUCUAGUUUAUUUAUUAUUAAACCAGAAUGGUCUGUAUUAGCUUAA